AUGCCCUUCAUCGGCCCAAGAAAAUUACGCCGUUCUUCACCUGCUAAUUCACUCUCUUCUAAAGCCCCAAAGAUAAAUCUUCACCCAUGGCGAUCAACUUUACGCUGUCGAAGACACUGUCCUCCGUCCGAUUCGGUCCCAUUGCCGCCUCUUGUGCCGCGUCUGGUGGCGCUACUUUCUCUUAACCCUUUGUACAUGGCCAAGAACACCGGAAUAGCCCUCCUUGUUUCACUCAUCUCUUGCCUCCUGCGCUCCCUCGAUUUAUCUGAGUUCGAAAACAUCAGCAUGACGGAUAUGGAGCAACUAAUACUUGAACCUCUACCUGGAACCGAUCAGACGAACCCCUGCGAUUUCCAGAAGUCUGAGUCCAUCAGAGUGCCUUCAACUCCACUUUCGACGGCCACUGGCCAAGGAUUUGACUUAAAUCUGGAGAUACGGCUUGGAAAUCCAUUUCGUCUUUACCUUCGGCCAUUGGCCACUGCAUCUGCCGAGACAGUACGCCUCCUCUUAGACAGACCUAAUCGUCUGCUGAGUCAGUUGCUUUCCGUUGGCUGGUUAGGGCCGGCCUCACAGGAAGCGAUCGGAGACAUACUUAGGGUAGGUUGUGUAGUUAUUACGGCGGACAAGUGUGAUAGGGAGUUGGUCACAUUAGAAAAUAAACCUACUUAUUUAAGAAGUUCGUUGACCUCGUUGUCGCAACUUGGUCUUGUUGUCAGAGCGACGUAG